AUGUGCCGGUCAACCUCGACGAUCUUCUGCACCUCGGUCGGUUCCGUCAACAGCACGUCAUACGCUUCUCCACGGUCAUCACCACACCUAAAGGCUGUGAGGUUGCUUCUACGGAAGCUCAGCACGCCCGUCCACGAAAAGUACACCAACACGGUUCUUCCCAACCAUCCCCGGGAUUUCACGCUGGCGCAGACCGUCGCGAAGCUCAAGAAGCUCUUCGGUCGGCAGAAAUCCGUUUUCCACGCCCGUUACCAGUGCUUGCAGUACGCCAAGAACGACGCGGAUGACUUCACGACCUAUGCUGCCACAGUGAACAAACACUGUGAAGCGUUCCAGCUCUCCAAGCUUUCCUCGGACCAGUUCAAAGCGCUCCGGUUCGUCUGUGGACUCCAAUCGCCACGGGACGCGGACAUACGAGCCCGACUGAUCUCCAAGCUUGAAGCCGACGAAACCGCAGCUGUCGAAGCAGCCGCAGCAGGCGCUGCCGCCGGCGACGCUGGCGCAGCAGGCGUUGCUGCCUGCAGCAGGGUGACCCUGGAGAACCUCGUGGAAGAGUGCCACCGUGUGGCCAACCUGAAGCAGGACACGCUGAUGGUGGAGAACAAGGAUGCACGCAACGUCAACAUUGUGUCUCGCAACCAGAAGAAGCCUGCCUCGGGGAAACCAAAACCCCGAAAACGCCCUGUUGGAAGUGCGGGGACAACCACUACAUGCAAGCAACAAGGACACAAAGAGGGCUAUUGCUCCAGCAACAAGCCCACCACCUCGAAGCAGAUGAAGCCCAAGGAGAACGUGAGGUCGAAAGGUAUUUUCACGGUCUGCAACAUCGGUAGCAAGCGGAAGUUCGUUCCGGUCGAGCUCAACGGCACAGCAGUCAAGCUCCAGCACGACUCGGCGUCCGACAUCACCAUCAUUUCGCAAGAAACAUGGACCAGCAUCGGACAGCCAGCCGCUCGACCCACCGACGAAUCUGCUGUCACGGCUUCCGGAAGCAGCCUCAACCUUCUCGCCGAGUUCCAGACCGAGAUCACCAUCGGAGGCGUCACCAAGCGUGGACGCAUCUUCAUCUCGGACAGCGCCGAACUCAACGUCCUCGGCAUCGAGACGAUGGAUCUUUUCGAUCUGUGGUCUAUUCCGAUCAACAACUUGGUCAACGCCGUGCACCAACGCCCCGACCAAGUCAUCGAGCAACUCAAGCAGCAGUUUCCGGAGGUGUUCCGAAGCACGCUGGGUAGAUGCACCAAAGCGCAGGUGAAGCUGUACCUCAAGCCCGACGCACGUCCAACCUACUGCCCGAAGCGACCAGUGGCGUACGCCGCUCUUCCGAAGGUGGACGCAGAACUGCAGCGGCUCCAGGACAACGGUAUCAUCUCGCCAGUUCAAUUCUCGGACUGGGCAGCUCCGAUAGUCGUCGUGCGCAAGGCGGACAACGUCUCCGUCAGGAUUUGCGGUGACUACUCGACGGGGCUGAACAACGCGCUUGAAUCUGACCGUCACCCGCUGCCUCACCCCGACGACCUCUUCGCGGAACUGGCUGGCGCACACUUCUUCACACAUCUCGAUUUGUCUGACGCCUACCUGCAGGUCGAGGUCGAAGAGGAAUCGCGCAAGCUGCUCAUCGUGAAAACGCAUCGUGGCCUCUUCCAGUACAAUCGACUGCCGCCUGGAGUCAAGCCGGCGCCUGGAGCCUUCCAGCGCAUCACCAACAGCAUGGUUGCCGGCAUUCCUGGAGUCAAGACGUACCUGGACGACAUCCUCAUCGCUGGCCGCACCAGAGAGGAUCACGAUCGCAGUCUUCGCGCUGUUCUUGAGCGCGUGCGUGAGUAUGGCUUUCACUUACGCAUCGAAAAGUGCCGUUUCGCCCUGCCACAGAUCAAGUUCCUCGGACACAUCGUGGACAAAGACGGCAUUCGGCCCGAUCCAUCCAAGACGGAGGCCAUCGCCCAGAUGCAGCCGCCGAAGGAUGUCCAGCAGCUGAGGUCCUACCUCGGCGCAAUCAACUACUACGGACGGUUCGUAAAGCAGAUGAAGCAGCUCCGGGCUCCCCUGGACAACCUGCUCAAGAAGGACGCACCCUGGCGCUGGUCCGCAGAAUGCCAGAAAUCGUUCGAGCAGUUCAAGGCCAUCCUGCUUUCCGAUCUGCUGCUCACCCACUAUGACCCGUCCAAGGAGAUCGUUGUCGCAGCAGAUGCAUCGAAGUACGGCCUAGGCGCCGUCAUCAUGCACCGAUUCCCGUCCGGUCAGGUGAAGGCCAUCGCACACGCCUCUCGCUCACUGACGCCGGCGGAGAUGAACUACGGACAAGUGGAGAAGGAAGCCCUGGCCCUGGUUUUCGCAGUCACGCGAUUCCACAAGAUGCUGUACGGACGCCACUUCCUCCUGCAAACCGAUCAUCAACCGCUGCUCAAGGUAUUCGGCUCGAAGAAAGGCAUUCCUGUCUACACGGCGAAUCGUCUUCAACGCUGGGCCUUGACGUUCCUGCUGUACGACUUCGACAUCCAGCACGUUUCGACGACGGCUUUCGGCUACGCUGAUUUCCUCUCCCGGCUGAUGUCAUCCCAAAGCCGGCCAGAUGAGGAUUACGUGAUUGCCGCAGUCUACGUCGAAUCCGAAGCCAGAGCCAUCCUCGACGACUGA